AUGGGGCCCCCGGGCAAUAGGGGAUCAUGGGGCCCCUGUGUCCUUGCCCAAACUCAAAAAAGCCUAUGAAAAAGGGUCACUGGGUGUGUACAUCCUCAAAUGCCAAAUCCAGCCUAUGUAAUCUUUCAGAUCUUCUCUAGCUGAAGUUUAUGAGAAAAAGCUCAGGUUGCAAUCAGGGGCGGACUGACAACUCAUGGGGCCCCUGGGCAAUAGGGGAUCAUGGGGCCCCUGUGUCCUUGCCCAAACUCAAAAAAGCCUAUGAAAAGGUACCAUGGGGCAUCUCAUGGGGCCCCCUACUGACCCUGGGGGCCCUCGGGCAGUGCCCGAGUUUCCAAAUGGUCAGUCCGCCCCUG